AUGACUUACGCAUUUAGUUUUUGUGAGGUCUGCAAGGAAUGACGACUGGAGUGCAAGGGCACAAGACACAUGUGUAUUCGCUGCAGGAAAGAUAAGAAGGUACCAAAAGUUUGGUCAUGAGAGAAUAACAUGGAUCCAAUGGCUGUUCCUGAGAUUUUGUCUGACACGUCAGAUGCUGAACAGAUGCUGAUAGCCAGGCUAGCACCUACUGUGCAUGUACACUAACUGAAGCAUGGAGGUAUCGCUUCAAAGGGGCAUUGCAUUGCAUUCCCACAAGCUGUGCAAGAACCGGCAACUAUUCUUCCACGACUACCGGCAGAGGUGGAUAUCAUACGCGUGAGAAGACAAGGAAAAGAUGAUACCCAUAAGGAUUUCAGGGUUAGAAGACACCGUGUUGAGGGAGCGCUUUGUUGGUUGAAGGACAACAAUCCUGCCUAUGGUGAUGUUGUUAUUGAUGGUGCAUGCAUACAGAAUUUACCUGAAGAUGAUGAGCUGCCCAAU